CAUGGGUGAUCCUUUACCAGUUCUACUCGUCACGAUAUAAUUUGUAAUUCUUGACCUUGUAAGUGAAUUAUCAGGUGCAGGUACAGGUAAUAUAUAUAUCUAUAGCUAUAGUUAAGUUCCAGAUGUUACCUUUCCAUUUCCACUUCACAGCAGCUCUAUAAGAAGGUUGUCUAAUUCCGAAGAAAACCCUCACCAGAAAUGGCUACGAGAGCUGGCAUGAAUAAAGCACAAGAAGGAUUUGUGUGCAAGAAGUGUCUAGCGAAAAAUGAACGUAUUCAAGCAUUGCUGGGUUACAAAUGCGAAGAUAAACAAGGCCACAGCUUCUCAGACACAGGACACAAAGAAUAUGUUCAGUGGAAUGGAACGAAACUCAUUCCUUCAAUUCGUCAGUUUCCCAUAAAGAGCACAAAAUUCAUUCAAAGACUUAAGGGUGGUAUUGCAAUGUGUAGCGGUGGCAAAAAUUGCAGACUGGAAAUGUGUACUUAUGCUCAUAAUAGAGAAGAGCAUAUGCGUUUCAAUAAUUUGUUGACAUCUUUACGAAAAGAGCCGGAUAGAAGUCAACUGAAUCCGCAAACAAGUAAGUCAAGUGUUCCAACUUGGCAACAGUGGCCCAGUCACUAUCAACAGCCAUUAAGCCAACUACAGUGUUUCUAUCCUAGUAUGGGAUAUUAUCAGCCUCCUGGAACUGUUCAACCACCUGGUGUUCAAUUUCCUGAAGAAAACCCAGGUUUCCCUACAUUCAAACCACAGAUUACCAGCCAGCCCAAUUAUUCACAUCAAGAACAUGAAGCCGAGUAUGCUGCAAGUAAAGAGAAAUUCGAGGAGAGAAUUAUGGAAGAGUUAGACGAAAGAUACAUUCAAGAAAAGCUUUCAAGAGGAAACUAUAAAAGAAAGUAUCACAACCUGAUAUGCUGGGAGGAAAAAACCCACAUUGAAAUUCUUGAAAAAAAAUGUGCAGGUGAAUAUGAUCUGAAGAUAUACGCUAUGGGAUGUGAACCAAAUUGGAUUAUUCCCUGGGAUUCCAAUGAGCAUUCCAAUGAGCAGUGUUACUAUGGUGUUAUCAGUGGGAUCUCUCCUGAUAAAAUUGCAUAUGCUACACAAGCUAGUGAAGCUGCUUUCAUUGUGGAUAUUGGACGUACUAGCCAUCCGCUUGAGGUCCAAUGUGAAAUUUUGCCAGUAAAUUUUAAUCAUUCCGACGAUAAGCUGUAUGUGACUUUUAGUGCACAAAGUAUGAGGAAGCUAGGGGGCGUAGUUUCAGGAACUCCAAAAACUGUUAAAGUUGAAUUUGAAGUAAAGCACCACUUUUUCAAUACCUUAAUUGAUGCAGUCAGCUCAAUUUCAGAAUCUACUGUUUCAAGAAUUGUCCCAAAUGGUAGUAAUGACUUCUUACAGCCGAUGUCCCUAUCCCGUGAGGAAAGCAGAAUAGUGGAAGAUUUAUGUGAUAAAGAUGAACAUAAGAAGAUCUUAGAAGAUGUGGUUAUGUGUCAAGCUAGUUCACCACCUGUGCUUGUUAGUGGUGCCUUUGGAACAGGAAAAACAUGUUUGUUAGCUCUUAUUGCACGCUUCUACAUAGUUCUAGGAAGAAAAAAGGCACAAAACACUCGAGUUCUUAUGGUUGCUCAUCAUCAAGCCACUGCAGAUAUUCUAUUGGACAGUUACUGUAAACUGUUGUCUGGGGUGGAAGAUGGAAUCGUUAGAAUAGCCAGUCGACGUCACAAACCACCAUCCAAGUUAUUGACAUAUUUUAAGAACUGCCAUGAUGUAGUGAGAGAUUACCGUGAUCGAAAGCAUUACAAUAUGGAAGUGAUAAUAUCAACAUUCGAAACAUCUUUACAUCUAAAAAAUGUUCUUACCAGACUUAGACAAGGGCAUUUGGUGCCAGACUUCUUCACUCACAUUCUCAUUGAUGAAGGUGCACAGGCAUGGGAACCAGAGGCAGUUGCUCCGUUGUGCUUUGCUUCUGACCAAACCAAGAUAGUAAUAGUUGGAGAUCCUUUUCAGGUUGGACCAUCUCUUCUUGUUCUUGGUAAAGAGUCCAGAGAGAACGGUUUAAAGCAUUCCAUACUGGAGCGCCUGCAGAGUAUUUACACCAAAAUUGGACAUGCAGCCUCACCUUAUUCACUGACCCUUGCUGUCAAUCAUCGAUGUAACAAUCAAAUCCUUGAGAUCCCAAGAAAAUUGUUUUACACCAAUAUUAUAGCCAACCCUGCCAUUGUUCUGCCCCACCCUAAAGCUCGAUACCCUCUAAUAUUUGUGUGUUCUAGUAUCUCAGAACAACAGAACCCUGGCUUACAGAAAAUAGAAGCUGAGAUACUUCUUAAUGAGGCAUCAAAAUAUGUUUCACAUAAAUGUUGGCCACGAAAUCAAUGGGGACCGUAUCAUAAAGAUAAAAUUGCGAUCUUGACAACCACACGAACUCAGGUUGUUGUGGUGAGAAAAUGUGCACGAACCCAAGUAAAAGAAUUCGAUACAACAAAAAUACUUUCAACAUAUCAGAUUCAAGGGCAAGAAUUCCAAGCCCUCUUUUUGAGCACAACUGAGCCGUUAAGUCUAGAUGGCAAUACAUUGAAUCCAACUAAAAGCUCAUGUGAUCCUUUUGUAUUCAACACCAUGUUGACGAGAGCAAAAUCACUUGUAGUUGUUGUUGGUAACCCACUCACCCUUUUACGUACUGAAGAACAUAUGGUACGAAAGUAUGGGGUAUCAGCUAAAUGCUGGAGUAACUUUCUUCAUUUGUGUCUUGCGAAACAAACAUUUUAUGUACCAGAUAAUGUUUUGAAGUCAACGGAAAAACAAACUCAGUUCAAAAGAACUCUAGCUUUAAAAGUACAAGAACAAAUUAAAUUGGUACCUGCAACUAGACCAAUCAGUACAUCCACCUCUUCAAGGGCAGUCCUAUUUUCUAUUCCUUCUGUUCAGUGUCGUACAACAACUGUGGUGGAAUCUAGUCACAUUGCUAGUGUAGCACCAAGCUCUUCUAAGGGUUUAAUGGCACAUGCUACUCUUUCAAGCACCAAUCCUAGUCGUACUAUGAACAGUGCUACUGGUGCAAAGAAUACUACAAAACUGGUGCCACAAUGUUCUUCUAAGGGUGUACCAACAUCUGCUAGUCUCCCACCCAGCAUCGUUCAUCAGCAACCUCCUUCAAAGUCUUCCAAACCUAGCCCAGUAUUAGUUCCGAGCCAGAGGUUCAAUCCUAGCUCUUUUUCUGGUCCUAACCCUUCUGUCAUGACAUCUGUUAAUACAGCUCCCAGUACUAAGCCACAAUCAAAAAGGGAAUCACAAGUUAAUGGUGUAAUUAAACCAACCAGUUAUCAUCAGACGAUAAGUACUCACCAAAAGACAAACAUCUCAAAAGCUGACCAUCCUCCGCCUCGAUCAAAACUAAGAAUCGAAGACAAAGAUGAAUUUCCUGAUUUAAAUUCAGCCAAGAGUGUUAAAAUACCCAAAAGAAAACAAACCUCUCAUAAACCACAACCACAACCACAACAAGAAGUUAGAAACUAUACCCUGGACUCUCAUUCUAUGUCGUUUAAGGAAUAUGAUCUCUCAAUGGAUGAGAUUUCAUGUGAAUUAACAAGGGAAAACUACAAGCGUAAAUUUCACCAUUUAUUAAGCUGGGAAGAGCAAGAGCAUUGCAAUGUGCUUGAGAGGUACAAUGACAAGUUCAAAGUAGUACUAUUCCAGCGAGACAGUUCUUCCAUAUCAGGGAAUGACGAAUUUGUUCGCUAUGGAUACAUUAGCUGCAAAGACACUGAUAGCGAUGACGCUGAGAAAUUGUCAUAUGCAAAGCAAGCCAGUGAAGGUUCAUUUCUGAUUCUCAAUGAAGGAAGUAUUGUUAUACAUGUCAGUCAUAUUCCUUUCCACCAAAUUAAGAAAUUUCAACUGCCUAGAUCUGCUGAUCAAAACUCAAUUGUACUCGGGCUUACCGAAGAACAGAAUAGGUUACUAAUAACAUGGAAUCCAAAAUGUAAAGGUAACUAUCCCUUUCGAGAUUAUGUUCUCAUUCAAUUUGAGCUGAAGCAUGCUUACUUUCAACGGUUGCACAAUGCUCUUGAUAAUCUGCCACAGUGCAUUGUUGAUAGACUUAUACCAGUUGCUAAGUACCAACCCAACAUGGAUACUGAUGACGAUGCAAAGUGCAUAGGGCCUUAUGCACCGUAUGAAAAUCUUCAACUGGAUAGAACCUGCCAAGUGCAGGCUCUAAAUCUGAUUCUCUCAUCCAGAUCUAAAUGCCCAUUACUAAUUGCUGGACCAUUUGGUACAGGAAAGACACGUGUACUUGCUCGGGCAGCUUUUGAAAUUCUUAGAAAUCGUUCAAAUAAUGUACUUAUUUGUGCUCAUCACCAAGCAUCAGUUGAUACUUUUGUCAAUUACUUUUGUUCAAUGAAGCACAACGAGUACCGACCAUGGUACCAAAGAUUCAUAAGAGUGGCCACAUCUUCUCAUCAUUCAGAAAUUAAAAAUGCGAACCCCGAAGUUUUCGUAUCAGUUGGUCAAGCAAACAGAUAUAGUAAUCACAGACUUGUUGUUACUACUCUUGGAUUAGCUCCAUAUCUUAGUAAGUACAGCAAUGGUUAUUUCACUCAUAUCCUUAUCGAUGAGGGAGCUCAAACUAGAGAACCUGAAACAGUGGGGCCACUUUCCUUAGCUGGUGAGAAUACAACCAUUAUUAUUGCAGGGGAUCACAACCAGGUUGGACCAAGGCUCCUUGUAUUUGGAAAAGAAGCUCAAGGUAAUGGUUUAGGGACUUCCAUAAUGGAAAGGCUGUAUGCUGUCUAUGAGAAGCUACCUAAUGGGGGAAGGUAUCUACAUGCUGAACUUUCAACUAAUUAUCGAUGCCACCAUGGAAUUCUCAUGCUCCCAUCCCACCUCUUUUAUGAGUCUACACUCUUGAGUCGUUCAAGAGCUCUGACUCACCCAGAUGCUCCAUACCCACUUGUGUUUGUCUGUUCAAGUCUAGACGACAAUAAAAUCGCUAGAAGAGGCACUGAUGUCACUGAAGCAGAUUGUGUCUUAAACCAUGUUGAAAAAUAUUUGAAAAAUUGGCCCCGGCACUGGGGAGAUAUGCGGAAUGCAGUGUGUAUUAUGUCAUCUUCGGAGAAUCAGUGCUCACUGAUAAAAAAAAAGAUUUACAAAAGAGACGUUAACAUCAAAUCGCUGGAGAUUCUCAAAGCCUAUGAAAUUCAAGGGAGAGAAUAUCGUGCCAUCUUUAUCAGCACAGUGGAAAAAACAGACGAGUAUGGCAAGCCUCUCAAUCAGACAAAGACUCUCAGUGAUAGAUACGUGUUUAACACUGCCAUCACCCGAUCACAGUCUCUUGUCGUGGUUGUGGGUAAUCCAUAUCUUUUGCUAAGAGGAGAAGAUAACGUUGGUGACAAUUACAAUCCUCAGCACAAUCCAAAAUGUUGGAGUCAUUACUUGCAACGUUGUUUCGAGUCACGCUCAUUUGAACUCAGUGAAAACAUUAAACGAACACCAGAGAUUGAACAAAAGAUAAUGAAAUUAAAAGACCAUAUAUAUUCUCGGUGUCACCCAGGUGACGAAAAUUUUUCCGAUGCUGGUAGUGUACAAGAAGAUACUAUUCUUAAGGCCUAUAAAUCUGCACUUAAUGAAAGCCACAUCUUCACAGAUGCACGUCUCAAACUUUCUAGAGAAGGAGCGGAUGUUCUUACGUGGAAUAUAAAAGAAGAAAAUGACACUCUAAACGACCCAAUUGAAGUGCAGCAGCCUACAGAAGAGAACUAUGCCGAUAUUUAUGUUUGUGUUUUACGUAUGCAUCACUUUACUUCCGGUGAAGCAUUUCCAUUGGAUGGUGAUAAAGACAUUGUUACAAUAAGAGGUUUUAAUAAUCGAAAAGGUGCUUUUGACGGAGACACUGUGGAAAUAGGGGUAUUUGAUGAUAACCCCACAGGAAAAUGUUACGGAAGAGUCACAAGGGUUGUUGAGAGAGGAAAUGAUCAAUAUUUUCUCUGUCAGGUUAAAAGAAAUGCAACCUGCUUAUCUCCAGUGUCCAGAGUUGAUCCCUUGUUUAUUAAUCUACCAUUCCUGACAAGGCGUAUACUGCAAAACGGCGACAAAGAUUCAAUUCACGACCAUCUACAGUCUACUGAUAGUGUAGUAGUUGUAUUUGAUGCUCAGUCAGUCGAAAAUUCUCAUGACUUACCUCAAAUAAAGAAAACGUAUCCUUCGUCUGUCGCUAACGACAUGCUUUUCUUGGUGAAAUUUGUGAAAUGGGAUUUAAAAUACAGAUACCCUCUUGGAGCAGUAAUUGAAGCACUACCAAAAGGAGUCAAUCUUUACAAUGCUCAUCGUCUUCUAAGACUACAAUACAACAUAAAGCCAUCAAUUCCUAUGAAAAACGAUGAAUUGUUCAAGAAUCCACCUUCUCAAUCCGCCGAUUAUUUCUGCUUCACUAUUGAUCCAGACAAUGCUCGUCUGCUUGACGAUGCAAUAUCAUUGAAGCAAGUGGAAAGUGACCCCAGCACCUUUGAGCUAGGCAUUCAUAUCAUUAAUGUGGCAAAGUAUGUCACAAAGGGCUCCCUUCUCGAUAAAGAAGCACGUCAUAGAGGAACCUCUGUGUAUCCUGGUUGUAGUGACACUUUAGCCCCUAUUGAUAUGUUGCCACCUUCAUUUCGUAAGAAUCUCUCACUGAUGCCCUACAAAAAACAUCAUGCUUUCACGGUGAUGAUGAAAGUGAAAGUUCAAGGUCAAGACGUAUCAAUAAUAGGAGAUCCUAGCACUAAUGCAACAGUUGUCGAAUCAGUUCUGAAACUAACUUACGAAACAGCUCAACAGAUAAUGGAUUCAGAAAUUACUACACCUGUAGACGGUGCAACACUAUUUGAACAAAAAAGCUUCAUCACAAUAAAAGAGGCUUUGAAAUCGCUAUACUUGAUUGCCUCAAAUAUCAGAAGAGAUCGAUUACAAAAUGAUUCUUGCUUCGUGUAUGAUGUCUCUGAUCCAGGAGAGGAAAAAUGUUGGCAGGCACACAUGAUGAUCGAAGAGCUAAUGAUAUUUGCAAAUAAGCAUGUAGCAACACUGUUACACUCCAAACAGCCAAACAGCACCAUAUUAAGAAGGCAACGAUACCCCAAUAUGCAAAAAAGGACCCAAGUUAUUGAUGAACACCAAAGGGUCAUGCAUUUAUCUCACAGCUUCACUCAACUUGUUCCACGUAAUCAAGACUACUCACGAGCUGCUCCAAACGUCCUAGUUCCUACACGCUUGCUAGAGGAAAUGCUCAAAUUUAACUGCAAUCUUUUAGCAAACAGACUUUCUUCCUCUCGAGCGAUUCCACAGCUCUCAGUUGUUAAUGCACAGUUGCGUAGCUGUUAUGCUGCAGCAGAAUACUGCUAUACUGUAGAAGGAGCUGCUGCGGACGAGUACAGACACUACAGUCUCAAUCUUUCGAAAUACACUCACUUUUCAUCUCCGCUUAGAAGAUAUGUUGACAUUGUCACACAGCAGAUGCUAACAGAAGUUUUGGAUCAGAAACCUGUUCAUUUUUCUAGGGAAGAACUAGCGAAGCUCUGCCCUGAACUCAACAAAAAGUCGAAAAAUGCUAAAAGAUUUGAGUCGCAAAUGUCUGUCGUUGCUUUGGCUGCAGAUUUAAUGAGUAGUAGCGAGGUGUUUGACGGAUUUGUGUGCAGUAUUGAAAAAGGAAACAAAAUUGAACUCACUUUCUCAAGUCUUCGCUUAAAGCAUCUCAUGCCGAAAGAUCGAACCUUCCGUUUGCAACAUCUGGGCCGGGUAAAAUCGUUGGAUAAACAUGGUUGUUUUUCCAUUGAUAUGAAAGUAGCUUCAAUGAAUGAUCAGCUUGGAGCCAUAGUGUUAGAGUACACAUCUCUUGUUAAUCUUCGGAGUGCAAAAGACACAGAUAACCAAUCAGACGUACGUUGCAAGCUUUGGACCGUCUCGGAGAAUGAUACGCUUACUGUAGCUCAGUAUCAAGCUAACGUUCAGCCUGAUGUUGUGUCAAUGUCUGCUAAACAAUGGAAGGAUUGCAUGGAAUUCAUAAAAGACCCUUGCGAGGAACGACUAUCCACUGUAAAAGGACAUUUACAAAACACAUUACAAGCUUCCACAUGUACACAAAGCCUCACAACAGAAAAUGUGAGCACAAUUGGACUAUGUCCAGUAAGUUUCCUCAAGCUACAGUUUAAGAUUAAGCCAUACGAAAUGUUCAAGGUUUGGUUGUCAUGGUCUGGAAAAGGUGCAUUUAUCAAUCCCACCAUUCAAAUUGUUGAACUCUCCCAGUUUGUCCGAGUUUGUGUGCAGCACAACUCCCAGCCUGCUGAGUGCUUUUCUGAUCCAAUUCUGAUACACGCAUCAAGGAGAACCUACUCUGAUAUCAACAGAUAUGUGGAACUGUGGGAGAAAAUCAUUCUAGCCGAAGCGUCCCAAAGCAGUGUGAGAGAUUCUAGUAUAGUUAUCCUGCAAGACGUUGUACUGAGGUGGCCACGGUUACAAGUCCCAGCAAAUUGUGUCGAUGAAAAGUACUACCUACCAACUGGUGAUAUUACUCUGAGAAUAUCCGACACAUUUUCAGAGCACUGCAUCGAAAUUUUUAAAAUCCGUAUUGGGGAUCUUGUAUGUGCUCGAUACGGUGUUGAGAUGUCUUCAUCUACUCGUGCAGUAUUUCAUUUUGUCGUGUGUGACAUUCAUGUGCCUAGUAAAAUGGAAGAUAAAAUGGAAGAUUGGCGAACUGUUUCUCUCAAAGUUGUUGGGAAAAGUAACUGUAGGAUAUCGGAGCAAGUGAAAAGCAUCCUCGAAAACCCAUGUGAAGUACAAGUGAUCACUCUCAGUACAUCGUUUCAACGUGUCUAUAGUGGCUUGUUAAACUUGCUUCCACGCAAGAAAAAAGAGCAAUCACAAAUCCGGGGCACAUCAGAGCUCGCUAAAGCAGUGGCUAUUGGGAAAAUCACCAGGAAUAAAUAUGGGUCAGUGAAUCCGAAAGAUGUCGACAAUCAGCUGAAGAUUGAAGAUAAUGCAAUGUGCCUGUGGAUUAGGUGCAAGCGUAUUCGGUUGAAUAAAGGGCAAGAAGCUGCCAUUAGGGAGUCAUCAAGAUGUGCGUUCCAUUUGAUCCAAGGACCACCAGGAACUGGAAAGAGUGAAACUGGUGCUCACUUGGCAUACAUAUUUGCUAGCGUCAACAAGAGAGACAAAUACAUGUGUGUGAUGUAUUGUGGUCCAUCCAAUAAAGCUGUGGAUGUUGUACUAGAAAAAUUCCACAAGCUGAAAUCCCCAGCUCUGAAGAUUUUGCGCAUUUACGGCAAAGCCACAGAACAUAAGGAUUUCCCUGACCCUGGAGAAUUAGGAGGGCAAGGCUUUGUGACAAAUUCAGGCUACGAGCCUCCAACGUGGGCAAAGGAUUAUGCUCUCCAUCAUAUUAUCCGCAAGACGAGCACUGAACUGCAGGAUAAAGAAAAAGAGUUCUCUAAACUUCCAAGAGGAACAAUUCCAAGUGGAAAAGCUCUCAACUGCUAUCGAAAACUAAUCACAAGCCUAGAAAAGAUCGAACUUUUGAAGAAAUACGACGUGAUUUUUUGCACUUGCAGUGAGGUCGCCAGUGCUCGGGUGCAGAACUAUGUCCAUCCAAAACAAGUGAUUAUUGAUGAGAGUGGAAUGGCCACUGAGCCUGAAACAAUCAUCCCUAUCAGUAUCUGUGAGCACGUCACUGUCAUAGGGGAUCACAAGCAACUUCAGCCAGUGAUUGAAUACUCACCCGCCAGAGACAAAGGGCUAUCUACUUCACUGUUUGAGAGAUAUGCUGAGAAUGAAGAAAACUUCACAAAUUUUUUGAACACUCAAUACAGAAUGCAUGAAGAAAUAUGCAGAUUCCCUUCUCAACAUUUUUAUGGUGGCAAACUUUUGACAGACAAUUCGGUAAAACAGAGGCAAAAUCCAGAAUGUAAACUUGUUGGAUUUUGGCCGGGUCCACAGGGUCCACGCUGUCCCAUUUUGUUUUGUGAUGUUGUUGGCACAGAAAUGGAGGAGGAGACAGGUAACAGUGAAGGAAGAAAGGUCAUGGCAGGAUCAAAGUGUAAUAUAAAAGAUGCUAAAAAGACGAUUCAAGUACUGAGUGUACUUCAUUUCAUCCACAAAGUCGAUCAAGCACAACUAGCCGUUCUUACACCCUACUCCUCUCAAGAAGUGUGUAUAAGACGUUUGGCGGACAAAGUCGGGCUAAAGGAUGUCACCGUAACAACCAUCAUCAAAAGCCAAGGUGAUGAGUAUGGGUUUGUAGUUUUGUCCACCGUCCGUUCACAACCCAUUGAAGAAAUUGCCAAUCCGGAUCAUGUGCAGCCUGACCGAUUGUGGCUGCGUGAGAAUUUAGGAUUUGUAACGGAUGAGCAUCAGACUAAUGUAGCCAUCACGCGAAGCAAGUAUGGACUUAUUAUAGUCGGUAAUAGAAGGUUGCUGGAAUACGAUCUUGAUACUUGGAAGCCACUGAUUGAGCACUACAAACAGAACAGCUGCAUACGUCGUGAACGAGAAUUCCCUAGACAAGCAACUAUUGAAAAUCUCCCACAAGAGGUUCGGACUGCAUGCAUGUAAAUAAUAACACUAUAGGUUUUAUAUCGUUUGUACUAAGAUGCACUCUACUUAUACUUCAGUAUAUCAUAGCUUAUCUUUCUUUUACUCACCAUGCACACAUGGUGUUUGUUUUGCUUACAUGACAUGACUUAUAUAUACAAUGUACUAAUAUAGCUGUGCAAACACUUUCUUUUAUACACUGAGUAUAAUAAUAUAGCUGCGUAUAUACAUGCAGUAACUGUUACUUUAUGUUUAUGUUAUUGUGCCAUUCUUAUAAUUAUAACAUGUGAAAAGGUGGGCACAUGCA